AUGUAUGGAGCCUAUAGUGUGGAGUCAACUGAGAUUGAUUUGACCGAGUUCCAAGAAGAGAAUCAAGAAGAAGUCGAUGUUGAACCUCAGAUAGCAGAUGCUGAUGCAGAUUCCAAUAACAACCAACCAGGUUGCCUCCCUGAGGUUUGUGUUCUUUCUCAUACCUUGAAUUCAAGAUUUCAACCCAUUUACCAUUUGGAUUUAAUUGUUUUAUAUUUGCUAACUGUUGACAACAUUUCACAAUAUGUGGAUAUGCACGAAGUGGUUGGAAUUGUACCUAAAGUUGGUUGCUGA